AUGCAGCCAAAUUCUACCCACUUCCGCGCCUCCCUUGGCACAGUAGCAAGGGAGCCACUCUCUCACCGGCAGAUUGCGGCAACAUACAGAGCCAACAUGCCACGCCACAUAGCCCCGACCCGCCCUCAGCCCCGACCCGCCCUCAGCCCCGACCCGCCCUCAGCCCCGACCCGCCCUCAGCCCCGACCCGCCCUCAGCCCCGACCCGCCCUCAGCCCCGACCCGCCCUCAGCCCCGACCCGCCCUCAGCCCCGACCCGCCCUCAGCCCCGACCCGCCCUCAGCCCCGACCCGCCCUCAGCCCCGACGCCGGUGCAGUCGGGGGUCAGCUGGGAAUCGUGUCAUUCCCCAAGAAUGAUAAUGGAACUCGGAACGAUUACAAUUACGAUAUUGAUAGCAUGGCAGACGUGAUUGCACAUAUAGUACGUCUCCUGAUAGGCUGUCAUCCGAAGCGAUAUAUUGGAAAGGCUAGAAAUGAGGGAUUUUCGUACGUAAGUAAAAAGGGUAUCAAGGGAUUAAGUUCUUCAGGAAAACGUGAAACUGGAGGCCCGUCAUGGAGUGGCAGAAGGAAGCGGCGCCCUGCACUAACGAAAAUUUUAGUCAAGUACUGUGUAUUAGUCGUUGGCGUCAUACCACAACUACCACAUAGUUUUACCGAGUACUGCUCGCUGGCCAUCACUUCUCGAGGAGGAAAUGCCCAUAACCUGCAGAUAGGCCACUCUGUAGGCGGGCCAGGCAGCCAGAGGGACAUCUACCUGUCCUUACGAGGAAGCUAG